AAACAGCACCGUAGUAUACUUCUCCCAUUUGACGGCUUCUUGCUUAGAGAAAAAGAUAAAGAUACGCCUGAUUACCUGCUUUCCUCCACCAACCUCUCUGCUUGCUUUACAAGUCUGCUGGCCCGGCCAGUUCAUGGGACAAGGUGAGACGACAGCUUUCAGGUUCCUUGGGAGGUCAAAAGAUAAGAAGGAAGCAAAUUCCUACUGAGAGAGGGCGGCGAAGAGGAGGCGAUCAAAGAAGAGAUGGCGAACAAAUUGAAGCUGUUCCGAAACGCCGGCCAGACGCAGCGAUUCAGAUUCGUUAUGCUUGUAGUAGGAUGCUUCGUUAUUUCCAUGACCUUCAUACUGAUCUCCAGGCCUUUUACUUUUCCCAGUCUUGGCUCAAAGUUGGGAACUCAGAGAUCAGAUGUGGAGGGAGAGAAAGUAGCUCCUACUCUAAGAGAUGAUGAUCAGGCUUCUAAGCAAUUAGAAAAGAAUGAAGAGGAGAAUCUCCAGGGGAAGGAGGACGAUGAAGCGUUAGAGAGUACGAGUGAAGCAGAGGAGGGGGGAGCAAAGAACGGUGGCAACUCGGAUCAAGAUGAAGCACACACAGCUCAUGAAAUCAAGAGUAAUGUGGAGAAGAAGCUGUCGUGCGAAUUCUCUGACCCUCGGGUCGACGUGUGCGAGCUGUCCGGCGACAUCCGCAUCCCUGGAAACUCCUCCGACGUCCUCUUCGUCGACUCCGGCGAGCGCAACGAGGCGUUCCGGUUCCGCCCCUACGCCCGCAAGGGCGACGCCGCCGCCUUCAGCCGCGUUCGCGAGCUGACAGUCAAAGCCGUCGACGUCUCGGCGCCGCAAUGCACCGUCAGGCACGCUGCCCCUGCUGUCGUCUUCUCCGCCGGAGGAUACACCGGCAACCUCUUCCACGACUUCACCGACGUGCUGAUCCCGCUCUUCCUCGCUGCCCGGCAACUCGACGGCGAGGUUCAGUUCGUGGUCAGCGACAUGAACCCCUGGUGGGUCUACCGCUACCUCCCGGUGUUCCAAAAGCUCUCCAAGUUUCCGGUGAUCGACUACGACAAGAACAAGGAGGUGCACUGCUUCAGCAAGGUCGUAGUCGGCCUCCGCUCGCACAAGGAGCUUAGCAUCGACCCUGCGCGCGCCCCCAACGGCUACUCCAUGGUCGACUUCGCCAAGUUCCUAAGAGAAGCCUUCUCCCUGGAAAGGGACGCCAUUUCAAACAUCGAAGACCUUGCCGGGAAGAAACCCAGAAUUCUCAUCGUAGCAAGGAAGCAAUCUCGAGCAUUCACAAAUCUACACGAAAUAACUCAAUUGGCGGACCAGUUGGGAUUCGAAAUCAUCGUCAACGACGGCGAUGUGGGAUCCGACGUGGGCCAAUUCGCGAAGCUGGUCAACUCAGUGGACGUGAUGUUGGGCGUGCACGGCUCCGGGCUCACCAACUUGGUGUUCCUGCCGCCCAACGCGACGGUGAUCCAGGUGGUGCCGUGGGGGGGCCUCGAGUGGAUGGCGAUGCUGGAUUUCGGGGAGCCAGCUAAGGACAUGAAGCUCAACUAUGUGCAGUAUAGCAUUGCCAUAGAGGAGAGCAGUUUGAUCGAGCAGUAUCCGAGGGAUCACCCAGUGUUCAAGGAUCCCAUGUCCUUCCACCAGCGAGGGCACCCUGUGAUGAGGUCCACCUUCAUGGACAACCAGAACGUGAAGCUCGAUAUAAAGAAAUUCAAGAACACGCUGUGGAAGGCACUGGAGCUCAUCAUCCAAUAGGUAGCAGAGUCACGCCGAGGCCAUUUUUUUUUUUCCCUCCCUCUUCUUGAUUUCAUCAGAUUAUAUUUUCAUGUCAAGUGAUUUAAUGAUUCAGAAUGGGGUUUUAAGAACUUCUGUAAUUACAGUCUGUUAAUUCUUCUGUCAGAAUGGCAUAUAGAUCCAGACAUUUUACAAAC